UUUUUGGUUUUUUAGCAUCUUAUUUUUCCAAUUGAGUUAUAUCAAUAAUUUCAUUUUUGUGCAAUGUCCGAAUUGAAUAUUUAAGUCUACUGAUGAUUCUCUUCAGUUACAUUUGAAAUUCUUCUUCUUUUGUUGUUAUUCCUCGAGCAUUAUAUUCUGUGGUCCCAAAUUUAUAUACCAAUGUUCGAUAGGUUUGCUUAUCAUUCUUGUCCUGACUUCCAACGGAGAACCUAGUCUGUUGUUAAGUGACGGUUAAUUUGGUUUUACUCUAGUGACUGCUAAAACUGUUAUUACCAGUGCUGAAACAUUUGUUUGCCACAGUCCUGUAUAUCAACACAAAUCCUGCCACUAUGAUUGCUGAUGAAGAAUAUUUAGAUGAUAAUGUGGCUCAAACUAUUAUGAAAAGCAUAAGGAAUGCCAUGAAAUGCUGCUGUUGUGGAAAGACCAUGGAACUACCAAUAUGGACUUGUUUGUCUGGCCACAAUAUAUGUUCCAAAUGCACUAAAUCGAACGAAGUAUGUCCGCAAUGUUUCGGUAAUACCAAGGAACGUUUGAGGAAUUUCGAAUUAGAAAAAAUCUAUAAUAUCUGCAUAGGUAAAAGUCCAACAUUCUUUGAAGAAGAAUAGAAGAGAGGGUUUAAUUCCAUGUUAUCACUGAGGCUGACAAGGAGCAAGUUAAAACUGUGAUUAAUUUUCUGUGAAUACCACUAUUUAUAGAAAAGAUUCAUUUUAUACAUACGUAUAAUGAAAGAAAUGUAUUUAAUAUUUCAAAAUAUAAAGUUUCGAGU